AUGCCCCGCCCCAACGUCGGUCGCAGCGCCCUCAAGGCCGUGGGCCAUGGAGCCCUUGGCAGCGCGCUCGGGUCGCACGAGGUCAUGCACCCCAACCUCGGCCUGCACAGUGCCGCAGCCUCGGGCAACAUCGGACUCAUCAAGUUCGCGCUCGAAAACGGGCAGCCGGCCAACAGCAACCUCAACGGCAUCCUCCCGCUCCACGCGGCAUGCUCCGGCGGCAACGAGCAGGCGGUGCGGAUGCUGCUGCUGCACGGCGCAGAGGUCAACGCGCCGCGGCUCAGGAGCAAGAACUCGGGCGGCGGCGCGGGCGUCGAGGGCUCGACGCCGCUGCACUUUGCCGCCGCCAACGGCCACCUCGAGAUCAUGCGCAUCCUCCUCGAGGCCGGCGCCCGCCCUGCCGCCACCGACAAGGAGGGCACGUCGGCCGAGGCGCUGGCCGCAGGCAACGGCCACACCGAGUGCGUCAAGCUGCUCCGCUCCUGGAUCGCGGCCUACGGGACCAACGGCCUCGCAGGCAUCGUCUCGGCGCGCGACACGGUGCGGCGCGACAUGUCGCUGGGCUCGGUCGGCUAUCCGCGCUACGCGGCCGGCGGCCAGCCGUCCUCGUCGUCCUCGGCCGGCAUGGGCGGCGCGCUCGCUGCCGGAUCGGCCGACGAGAAUCCCGCCGCGAUGGCGAGGGGCGCCCGCAGCGGCGACGACAGCAUGCUGCGCGGUCAGCGAUCCUUUGACCAGCUCGCGCGGGCGCAGCCGGCCCACCGGUCCCACACCGCCGGCCGAGUCAGCGGCCACCUGCUCAAGACGAGCUCCAACCCGAACCUCAAGGGCGCGCCAGGCAGCACGGGCGACGGCACCGUCCAGCGAGCGCAGGCAGGCAUGUAUCUGGCCGGCCAGCCGCCGACGUCGUCGCCCACCGGCAUCAACCGGCGCCUGACGGACCGGAGUCCGAGCCCGCUGGAUCCGGCCGAGGAGUCCGAGCUCGCCUUCUCUUCGGCGGCGACGCCGGCGGGCAUCAGCGCGCAUGGCGUCGGAUCUUCGGCCACCGGCUUCGGGGGCCCGGCAGGCUCCUCGGGCGGCGAGCCGCCAGACUCUGCGCCCCCGCACAGCCCGAACCGCAAGUUCGGCAAGCUGGCGAGCAAGCGCAGCUUGUCCAACAUGCUGCGCAAGGCGACCGGCACGGACAAGGCGAGCGUCAGCGGCAGCAGCAGCGCCAGCAGCCUCGUGGCGGCGCCGCACGACCCCAGCACGCCCGGGCUCUCGUCGCGUCCCCCGCGCUCCGAGCAGAGGUCGUACGACACGAGUUCCUCGCUGGCCGACGGCAGCGGCAGCGUGCAGUCCGAGCGUAGGCCGACGGGCCUCGACGCCUCGCACCCGCGUGCCUACGACGACCACGACGACGACAGCCACCUGUCGGAGACGCCCACCACGGCACCGCACCACCGCAGCGCGUUCCCGGAUGCCACUCAACGACCCGACCCGGCCGCCGGCGCCGCCUACCAAGCCGCGUCCACCUCAGCCUCCACCUCGGCCCCUUUGCGGCAGCAACCUCGCUUGCGCGGCUCGGCCUCGUCGUCUGCCUUGUCGGCGAGCGCAGUCGCGAGGAACGCAGCGCGCGCCCGGUCCAGCUCCAACGAGCAGAUCGCCUCCGCAGGCCGGCACAUUGGCACCCGGACGCCCAUGGCCGGCAAGGCCUCGCUCGACAUCGCGCGCGCCGAGCAGCUCUACCCAGGCGCGUCGCACGGCCUCGCAGACGUUCGGCACGCCGACGGCGUCCAUCGGGGCGCGGGCCCGCAGGAUCACAGGCAGGCGACCGGUGCUGGCGGGUCUUUGGGCAUGGCGCGAGCGAGGCGGACGGGGGACUCGGCGGCAGCCGGUGCACUGCAAGAGCACGAGCUCAGCUCCGACUUUACCUCGAGCGACGGAAGCCUCUCGACCGACGCGCGCGAGCGUGCCGGGAGCCAGCUGAGCCAGCACGCUGCCCGGUGCGACACGUCGUUCGACUCGCGGACCGGCUCGCAGUACGCCCGACCGCUCUACGAGGCGAGCGACCUCGAGGACGACCAGGAGCUUCUCGGCGACACCAUGCCCAUGAGCCCGGAGGAGGCGGCGGGAGAGCACCACGAUGUCCACCACCUGCCCGCCGGUCUGCGCACGCUGUCGGCCAGAAGGGGCGCUCCGCGGCAGGACGCGAGCAGCAGCCGCAUGGCCGGGCUGGGCCCGUCGAGCUCGAACCCGUCGAGCCCGUCGGUGCUGGGCGACUACCGCAGCCGCAACCGGUCCACGAGCAGCGUCUCUGCCGUCAGCGCAGGAUCUCAGACUGGGCCCGUCGGCGCGGCAGCCAGCCAGGCCGAGGGAAGCAGCCACCUGCGAGACAGCCCCGGACUCCAGGCCGCCAGCCAGGCGCUGUCGAUCGCCGACGAGAUGGGCAUGUCGCAUCCGACCACGCGCGCCAACCGGUCCGGCUCGCACGCCGACAGCGUCAGCAGCCGGCCCUCGACGUCUUCGCUGCGAUCGACCUACCUCAGCGCCGCCGAGCAGGCCCAGGCGAUCCUCAACCAGGAAUCUCGUCGGCCCCACAGCAGCGAGGGCACCGAGACGCAGAGCGCCAGCAAGCGCGCUGGCUUCCACACCGACGUGCUGCGGUCCAAGACGGUCAACGAGUCGAGCCAGCACUCUGGGCUCAGGAACCUCUUUCUCGACGCGCCAACCACGCCGAAUCUCGAUCCCGGUGCCGGCCAUGCCCACAAGGCGCUCGGCUCGCCGCUCAGCCCGCGCUUGCCAGUGGGCACGGCGGGCGGCGACGGCGGCCAGAGGUCGAGGCCGACGGCGAUGGAUCGCUCGCCGUACGAGCAAACCACCGGCAGCGGCGGCAGCGCCGGACCGAGCCACAGUCGUGUGGCCGGCCGGGCCAGCGAGGAUCUGCUGCGCCAGCAGAGGCCGACGAUCCUCACGUGGAACUCGGAGGCGACGCUGACGGGCCGCUCGGACGCCUUGCCAGUGACGCCCGUCAUGUCCAACGGCCACUUUGGCGCCGACGGCAGCGGCAGCGGCAGCUCGCCGCGAGGCAACCACCGCCACAGCCCGUCGGCGCCCAGCCAGCUGUCGUCGUACGCCUCGCAGCACCACGACCGGUCGCCGAGCAGCGGGCUGACGCCAGACUCGAGGUUGGCCAGCGGCCACGGCAGCGGCCACGGCAGCGGCAGCGGCAACACGCCACCGGUCCCUCCUCGCAAGGACUCGUACCUCUCGCUGGCGGCAGCGGCGGCAGCAGCGACGCCGUCGUCUUCGUCCUCCAACGGCCUGCUGACGCCGGACGUGGCCGCCACUCAUUCGCAGCAGCGGUCGACGUCCGGCCCGCCCGUCACGGGCAGCGGCGGCCCACCACCAUCGCCGCAUCCGCCGACCUUGUCGAGCAAGGACUCGUCUGGCCUCGUCGUCGGGCUCGGCUUCGAAGGGUCCGCCGGCGCGGCACCACGGCGGCCUUCGCGCGACGUGCAGCAGCCGCAGCGGCCGUCGAUGAACAUGAUGCGCACCGCCACCAGCUCCACGAUCGGGUCGCAGAGCACCACGACCGGGCCCGAGGACGGAUCGCACCCGUACCACCACGACGACGUCGGCGGCGGCGGCAGCAGCAGCGGCGCGACGGGCAGCGCCAAGGCCAGUGGCGGCGGUACGCUGUCGGGCAAGCGCAAGCAGCUGGUGCGCAACUUCCUCUCGGGCAUCAAGAGCUCGGCCUCGGGCAGCGCGUCCAGCAGCCACUGCUGA